GGGCGCGGACGUACGGACGUACGGCGCGUAUUAAUAGCCACCGCAACCGACCCGUUCGACGAAUAACGUCAGCUCGAGUCGUAUCUCGAACGUGCACUACGACGCACGCACCCAAUACUCCCCUCGUAACGUAGCGAGAACAAUUAAAAUUUAAAUUAAUAGGAAGAUUCAUCAGUGACAAAAUAAGCGAUCGGUGAUCGAGAGCGACAGGCACGUGCGUGCGAUUGUAAAUACGGUACACAAAAAGUGCCGGCAUUGAAACUAGUGAAAAGUUUUUUCGCCACGCGCGGGGGAGAACCCCCUGUUCCGGAAAAAAUCGCCCCCUCGCGUCCCUCGCGUCCCUCACCCACCCACCGACGAACCUUUCAUUCACCGGGAAAAAAGUGUGGCAAGGCCGUGUGACGUCACCGUAUCUAGUGGCCACGCGCUCGUUCCCUAGCAACGAGUCGCAUCUCACAGGUUCUGCAAAGUGCAGGAUCGCGGGUGUUCAGAAAUGUCGGCGAUUGUCGGUGACUCCUUCCAGUGGAUGUGACAAGUGUGGAGUGGAAAGUGCGAUGUAGGUGUGGGCACAGUGGACUCUAUGUGUAGCACGCAGAGAGCGAGGGUGUCGAGGAUGCACUUGACGAGUGCCUCCAGCGGGGCCGUGUCGCCGGACACCAGCUCCGCACUCCUCCACGAGACAUACACCAAGAUGACAUCAGAUAUACUCGCGGAGAGGACGCUGGGUGAUUUUCUAUCGGAGCACCCGGGGGAAUUGGUGAGGACUGGUAGUCCACACUUCGUAUGCACAGUGCUACCUCCUCACUGGCGAUCCAAUAAAACGCUGCCGGUGGCGUUUAAGGUGGUAGCGCUUGGUGACGUUGGAGACGGAACACUGGUGACUGUCAGGGCUGGUAACGAUGAGAACUGCUGCGCUGAACUCCGUAACAGCUCGGCGGUCAUGAAGAACCAAGUGGCAAAGUUCAACGAUUUGAGAUUCGUCGGCCGUAGUGGUCGCGGGAAAUCAUUCACAUUGACAAUAACGAUAUCGACGACGCCUCCGCAAGUCACAACCUACAAUAAGGCUAUCAAGGUCACCGUGGACGGACCCAGGGAACCGCGGUCGAAAACCAUGUUGUCUCUCCUAGGGCAGCAGCAGCAAUUUCAUUUCGCAUUCGGUCAACGGCCGUUUCCUUUCCCACCAGAUCCUCUGGGAGGAUUCCGGAUGCCGCCGAUUACUACAUGUCAGAAUAUGAGUCAAUUUGGUUUGAGUUCGAGUAACUCUCAUUGGGGCUAUGGUGGUGCGGGCGCUUACCCAGCAUACCUUCCAUCCUGUGCGGCUCCAGCGACACAGUUCAAUACACCGACAUUAGGCUUCGCUGGUUCCGUCCCUGAACAAACUCCCACUCAGGAUUUCACUAAUAACACCGUUCUACCGGAUACGACGGGAGUGGAUCUGGACCAACAGCUGUCCGGUCUAGUGGGAUCGUCUCCAUCACACCACGGCAGCUUGCUACCUAGAUACAACAACAACACAGACUACACGCUAUCCACCGGCCCACGCUCCCUCAGCGACAAUAGCUCGCAACCGGAAUCCCCGGUCCAAGACGACCUUUUAACUUCAAACACAACAACCAACAUCGGUCACAACCAUUCGAACUCCAACUUCUCGCUAAUGAGUACUCAGAAUGCAUCAUACGGAAGCAGCAACUGCAACAAUUCCCUCUACCCCGUUCUACCGGCCAGCCUGCUAUACAGUCAAUUAUACACAGCAGCUAAUCAAAGUCACAAUUUCCAUCCGCUCCAUUCGAACUCCAUCCAUUCAACGCAGAAUCAUCACAACGAACUACAAACUAUGAUGGACCAGAUAUCAUCAACCACGAACCAUAGACAGGGUCACGGGCAAGACUUGUUGGGUGGGAACUCGUGUGCUGCUGCGGCCGCGAGGGGGGAAGAUGGCAGGGUUAGUUUGGGACAGCGGGGAAAUCCCCAACCAGACAGCAACACCGUUUGGCGGCCCUAUUGAAUAUAUCAAAGUAUUUACACCGACCAUUUCGAGGCCGUAACUAUUUAUUUAUUUAAGUAAUUUGGCCAAUGCAACGAAACAUACGAAUAUUUGCGAUCGAUAUGAAAACGAGAUAAAAUUUAACAUAGCUCCCGUCCUUAGAUGCGACAGGUAAUUAAAUUUUCAUUAUAGUUUUGGACGAUUACAAACUAAGAAACGACUUUUUUUUAUGAUUAAUAUAUAACAAAAUUAAAAAAAAUAAUACAAUUCUUUGUAAUUAUAGACGUCGAUCGAAACGAGGAUUAAAAAAAUUAUUAUAGAAAUUUAAUAUUGUAUAUAUAAAUGAAAUUGUGAAUAAUUUGUUGUAAAUGCAUCUUGUAAAGUGCAAUAGUUGUGCAAUCAAAGUUGAGUAGAUGUAUACGUAGUUAUAAGGAAUUGUCUGUUGAUUAUGCGAAACCUGUCCAUGUAGAUAAUAUACCUUAGAAUAUCAUGUGUUACUGAUGUGUAUCGUUUUACGUUAAAUAUUUAUGUUGUCAUAUUAAUUUGUGUUCAUUUAAUACAGUUUGUAUUUUUGUGAAAUCGCUCUUAUACUUUCUAAAUGAGAUUUAGAUUUGUUUAGUAAUACAUUUAUAUUUUAUUUAUGAACGCUCUCGUUAAAGUUAAAAUUAUCGAGGACUGCAUUCGGUUGUGAAAAUUAAGUUCAAUUGAAAUUAUAUAUGAAUAAUUCAAAUUUUUAUAAUAACUUACAAUUGUAAGCGGUCCUGAUAAUUUAAAAUUGUAUUUUUAUGGUUUUGAAGUGAAAUUUAAUUAGCAAUUUAAUUUUGACAGCUUACUGUUACAAUUUUUAUGACUGCAAGUAGCGGAAUUCAUUUUGUAUAAAUAAAUUCUAAACAAUUAA